GACUAUAACCACAUGUAAACCCUGCUUUACCAAUGUCAACAUUGUAAGCACGGAGAUAUGCCGUGGAAUGGACAUAACCAUGGUCUGGUUUGACCUUCUGCACCGACUGCCUCUUCAGAGUACACUCGUGGGCGCGCCAAGAUGAUUCCAGAAAUCCGAUAUGUCAUAUCGCUACGAAUUAACUUUGCUAAUGACAACGCUAUUGAUGAUCCCCAUCGGUUGCAGAUACAUAUAGCGCGUGUAUAUAUCGCUUGGAUACUCCCUAUACUAGUAGGUCGGCUUUCAUGUUCUCGAUUAGGAGAAUACGAUUGUGUGCGGAUACAAACUGCUGCUUCAGCGACAUUCCUCGAGCCCCGUCGAGUUCCAGCCGAUGGUAUCUCAAACGGGAGUGUACUGUACCGUCCUGGAAAGCCUUCCAGGUUGCUCUAUCCUUCAACCUGCUUGCCUUCCACACAACACCCAAGGCGUGAGCGAUACGAUUCGCACAAACCCAGCCGGGUGUCUCAGUCGCGAUCACGAGAUAAGCGGCCGAACCAUUUCUCCUCAUCCAACCGCAUCCGGGAAAAUCUCUCAGUGAGAACCUCAUCAAGCCACUGCACCGUCCGGUCCGCGCAUCGAGCUUCGGGUCAUAGGUGGGAAAGCCCAGUAUAGAUGGGUUCAAGGUUAGCACGGACGGUCAUUUUGGUCCUACGAUAAAACAGCCUCCUAUAACUAGAGUGAUUGCUUCCCCCAAGUCGGACAUUCCAUUGCUCUUUUGCAGUUGCAGUUGAUCGAAGAGAAUAAGUCCGAAUUCACCAUCCCAACUUGGCAGGCAUUUAAUUCGAAUAUGGGUAAUAAAUGCUCAUCU